AAAAUGUUUGAAAAAAAUCUGAACGAUUUGGUUCGAGGCAUCAGAGCUAAUAAAAGUAAUGAGGCAAAAUAUAUUGCUCAAUGCAUUGAAGAAAUCAAGCAUGAACUACGACAAGAUAAUACCAACGUCAAAGCAAAUGCAAUUUGCAAGCUGAUUUAUUUGCAAAUGUUUGGUUAUGAUAUCAGUUGGGCAGCUUUUAAUGUCAUCGAAGUGAUGAGUUCUACCAAGUUUACUCACAAGCGUAUCGGUUAUUUAGCUUCAUCUCAAUGCUUUACUGAAGAUAUGGAUAUUUUAACCUUAACGACUAACCUGAUUCGAAAAGAUUUUUCAAGUCAAAACCAAUACGAUGCUGCAGUGACCUUGAAUGGGCUUUCAUGCUUUGUAUCUGCAGAUUUAGCCCGCGACCUUGCUAAUGAUGUCAUUACUUUACUUGCAUCAACUAAGCCAUACAUUCGUAAAAGGGCGAUAAUAGUGCUAUAUAAAAUAUUCUUAAAGUUUCCGGAAGCACUUCGACCAGCAUAUCCAAGAUUAAAAGCAAAAUUAGACGAUCCCGAACCAAGUGUACAAUCUGCUGCCGUUAACGUCAUAUGUGAAUUGGCUAGGAAGAAUCCACAGAAUUAUUUAUCGCUAGCACCAAUCUUUUUCAAGCUCAUGACGAACUCUACAAAUAAUUGGAUGCUGAUAAAAAUUAUUAAGCUGUUCGCAGCCCUAACGCCUCUGGAGCCACGCCUUGGAAAGAAGCUGAUUGAGCCUCUCACUAACCUUAUACAUAGCACCUCAGCAAUGUCCCUUCUGUAUGAAUGUAUCAAUACCGUUAUCGCUGUACUGUUAGCCUUUACCAGUAUGCCAAACCAUUCUUCAUCUGUACAGCUCUGCGUUUCCAAGUUAAGAUUGUUAAUUGAAGACGCCGAUCAAAAUUUGAAAUACCUAGGGUUGCUAGCAAUGUCGAAGAUUCUAAAAGCUCAUCCAAAAGCUGUUCAAGCACACAAAGAUAUGAUUCUACGUUGCUUGGAUGAUAAAGAUGAAUCAAUUAAACUUCGAGCCUUAGAUUUAUUAUCUGGCAUGAUCUCAAAGAAAAAUUUAGUCGAAAUUGUCAAAAAACUUAUGCGUCACAUCGAAACGACGGAAAGCACAAGUUAUCGUGAUGAAUUGCUAUCGAAAAUAAUUCACAUCUGUAGUCAAUCAAAUUAUCAAUACGUCGCUGAUUUUGAAUGGUAUAUAAGUGUUCUCGUUGAAUUAGCACAAGUAGAUGGGAUUCAUCAUGGUUCCCUAGUAGCUACUCAGUUGUUAGAUGUCACAGUACGUGUUAAAGGAAUACGCAGAUUUUCAGUCCAGCAAAUGACGAUGCUGCUCGAAAACUCUAAGUUAAUGGGAAUAACUGCUCAAGGAUCUAGCACUGGCGAUGUAUUCUUUGCUGCUGCAUGGAUUGUUGGAGAAUUCUCAGAGCAUCUUAGCGACCUGCGAAGCAUCAUGCAUAUAUUUUUACAGCCUCGUGCAACAUCACUUCCGCCGCCUGUGCAAGCUGUUAUCGUUCAUAAUAUCCUAAAGCUGUAUUCCAGGAUAUACUUAAAAGCAGAAAAUGAUAAUGAUCAAGAUACUAUAGCUGAAGUUACUCAAAUGCUUAUAGAUCAGCUUCCGAUGUUCGGUGAAAGUAGUGACCUAGAAGUACAGGAGCGUGCCUGUUGUGCUAUUCAGAUGCUCAAAUAUAUCCAGAAAAUUCGCGAUAAAGGCCUUACUGUAACGGACGAAGUAAGAGAAAUGUUCGCUGGGGAAUUAAACCCUGUUGCUACGAAAGCACAAAAAAAGGUUCCUGUUCCAGAAGGUUUGAAUUUAGAUAUUUGGAUUAAUGAUCCUCCGUCUGAUAGCUCAGAUGACGAACUCAAUAAUGAUGCUAUGUUUGUUACUGAAGAAGACCACAAUAACAUACAAGGUAUUAAAUACCCCAAAGUGGACGAAGACGAAUUGAAAAAGAGAAGAGAAGCCAGAAAACUUGAACAGGAAAAUAAUCCGUAUUACAUUAAAGGAAAUACGAAGUCCAAAGAGUUAGAAGGGCCUGAUAUUAAUGAUAUUCCAGUUGCCUCACUAGACUUAACUGUACCUCUCAAGGUUCCUGGUAAUAUGAUACUUUCCACUCUAUAG